AUGGAAGCAUUUGUGGGAAUUCUCGUAGAUACUUUGAAUUCCAUGAUCAAGAAGGAGCUUGGAUUGCUUUGUGGCGUUCGAACCGACAUGCAAAAGCUUUCACGUUUGCUCUCCACCACCAAGGCAGUGCUUGAAGAUGCAGAGCAGAAGCAAUUCACAGAAAAGGCGAUACAACUCUGGUUUAAGGAGCUCAAUGUUGUUGCAUGUGAAAUCGAUGACAUAUUGGAUGAUUACGCAGCUGAAGCCUCAAGAGUCAAGUACAAAAAUUCUGUGGGUGUUGGAGGCCUUGGAAAGACAACACUUGCCCAAUUGGUCUUCAAUGAUAAGCGGGUAAUUGAGCAUUUUGAGCCAAAACUCUGGGUUUGGGUCUCAAAGGAUUUCAAUGUGAAGAGGAUUAUAAAAGCCUUAAUUGAGUCUGUAGAAAAGACUUCUAUUGGAGACUUACCCUUGAAUGAUCUCCAGAUAAAACUUCAAAGUUUAUUAGAAGGGAAAAGAUACUUGAUUGUACUGGAUGAUGUCUGGAAUGAGAAUCCACAGGAAUGGGAGGAUUUGAAAUCUGUUCUGCAAUGCGGAUCAAAAGGUAGUUCAAUUGUCACGACAACUCGCAUGGAGAAGGUUGCUGAAAUAAUGGGCACAUUAGAGACACAUCGUCUAUCGAGUUUGUCAGAUGAUCAGUGUUGGUCACUGUUCAGGCAACGGGCAUUUGAUUGUCAGCAGAAGCAAGACAAACUUGAAGCUGUUGGAAAAGAGAUUGUAAAAAAGUGUGGUGGUGUUCCACUUGCUGCAAAGGCUCUUGGAGGCUUUCUACGAUUUAAGUCGGAAGCGGAAUGGAACUCCGUGAAAUGCAGUGAGCUUUGGAACUUACCUGAAGAUGAAACAGAUAUCUCGCCCGCAUUGCGAUUGAGCUACCUUAAUCUUCCGGUAGAGUUGAGAGGUUGCUUUGCAUAUUGUGCUGUAUUUCCCAAGGGCUAUGAAAUUGAAAAAGAAGAGGUAACACAUUUGUGGAUGGCAAAUGGAUUGAUUACUUCUAAUGGAACGAUGGAAGUGGAAGAUGUUGGUGAUGCUGUGCUGACUGAACUACAUAAUAGAUCACUGUUCCAAGCCGUGGAGAAAUAUGAAUCUGGCAGUGUCCCUGCUUUUAAGAUGCAUGACCUUGUCCAUGAUCUGGCUCAAUCCGUAAUGAAGGCUAAACACGGUGGAACAGAGUCAAACAGAACCAUGAUGUUGGAUAUGCCACAUGAUCAGCUAACAGUGGCUUUUCCUAUUACAAUCACAGGCAUUGACCAGUUUUCUUCUUUCUUGUCAAAAUGUGGUUCCCUGAGGGCACUCAUUAUAAGGUCACCGUGGUGGACAGCAAAUAAGUUUACAGAGUUGCCACCUGCAGUAAGUGUAGUGGGGGAAAUUUCCCAGUAG